GACAAGCAGAUCAGAACUGUACUGACAAAAGGAGUUGCUGGCAUCGGAAAAUCAGUCUCUGUGCAGAAGUUUGUUCUGGAUUGGGCAGAAGGAAAAGAAAAUCAAGAUAUCAGCUUCAUAUUUCCUCUUCCAUUUAGAGAGAUGAACUUAAAGAAGCAAGAAAAACUAAGCUUGAUGGACCUUAUAACUCAGUUUUUCCCAGAGACAAAAGGACUGAACCUUACAAGAAGAAAUCAAUUCAAAGUCUUGUUCAUUCUUGAUGGUUUGGAUGAAUGUCGUCUUCCUGUAAACUUUAAGAAUACUGAGACGUGGUCUGAUGUUUCAUCACCAGUCUCUCUGGAUGUUCUCCUGACGAACCUCAUCAAGGGAAAUCUGCUUCCUUCUGCUCUCAUCUGGAUCACCAGCAGACCAGCAGCUGCCAGUAAGAUUCCUCCUGACUGUAUCGACCGGCUGACAGAGAUACGAGGAUUCAAUGAUGCACAAAAGGAGGAGUACUUCAGAAAAAGAUUCACGGAUGAGAAUCAGGCCAAAGAAAUCAUUGAUCAUGUUAAACAAUCAAAGAGUCUCUUUAUCAUGUGCCACAUCCCAGUCUUCUGCUGGAUUUCAGCCACUGUUCUCCAGAACAUUUUAGAGGAGAAAAGAAAUAAUGUUGUGAAAAACAAUCAGGCUGAUGAUGCCUCCAAAACACUGCAGGAGUCAAAUACUGAAGACACUCCUAAGACUCUGACACAAAUGUACACACACUUCCUCAGAUUUCAGAUCCAGCAGAGCAGACGAAAGUAUGAUGGAGAAUAUACACCAGAUGUUUCCUGGGAUAAAGAUGCCAUCUUUUCACUGGGGAAACUGGCAUUUGAUCAGCUGGAAAGAAACAAUGUAAUCUUCUAUGACACAGAUCUGGAAGCCUGUGGUAUUGACGUCUAUAAGGCAUCAGUGUACUCAGGCAUGUGUACCCAGAUCUUUAAGGAGGAAACAGGGAUCACUCUUGGUACCAUGUACUGCUUCGUUCACUUGAGCAUUCAAGAGUUUAUUGCAGCCCUUUAUGCACAUCUGUUUCUAGACAUAAAGAAGAAAAGUAUAUUUGUUCAUGAGUCUACAAAAUGGAAAUAUAAAAGUAAAACCAUGAUUGAUUUGCUCAAGACUGCAGUGGACAAGGCACUAGAGAGUGAUAAUGGACACCUGGAUCUUUUUCUUCGAUUCCUCCUUGGUUUGUCACUCCAGUCCAAUCAGAAACUCUUACAAGGUCUGUUGACACAUUCAGAAGACAAUGAGCAGAGCAAAGAGGAAAUAGUUCAGUACAUCAAGCAGAAAUUUGAGACUAAUCUGUCUCCAGAGAGAUCCAUCAAUCUGUUCUACUGUCUGAAUGAACUGAAUGACCAAACUCUGGUGAAAGACAUUCAGACCCACCUUAGCAAAGGAAGUCUCUCGUCUGCUGAUCUUUCACCUGCCCAGUGGUCUGCUUUGGUCUUUGUGUUGUUGACAUCAGAGGAGGAGCUGGAGGAGUUUGAGCUUCAGAAAUUCAAGAAAUCAGACGAGUGUCUCAUUAGAUUAUCAGCAGUCAUCAAAACCUGCAAAAGAGCUCUUUUUCCACAAGUUCAUCAAACAACCGCAGUAAGAAUAUUUCAUCAAGCACGGUGAGUAAUGGCUUCUCCUACAAUUGUUAUUUGCACCUCUUGCCACAUGUACAGUUUAUCUAUCUCUGUCGCUGAUGAGGGAUUCACAUGUGAUAAAUGCAGGGAAAUAGUUAGGCUGACAGAGAAGAUUUCAGAAUUAGAGACACGCAUCCAAACUGUAAUUGAGGACAGUAAGAAUGUUAGGGCUCUAGAUAUGGCUUUGGAUGCGUCUAGCUCAGGGAUUCCUGUACAUUGUCCGGUUCCAGCAGAGCCCCUGCAGCAGGGCAACUGGGUGACGGUGAGGCAGCGUAGUCGUGGGUCAAAACACCGCUCUUCUGUUCCGAUCAAAACAUUAAACAGGUUCUCCCCACUCAGUGAUGCACCCACUGAGAAACCUGAUGAAAGUGCUCUAGUUAUUGGCGAUUCUAUUGUACGGAACGUGAAUAUAGAGACACCAGGCACCAUAGUCAAAUGUUUACCGGGAGCCAGAGCGCCUGACAUCUUGGCAAAUUUAAAAGUGCUGGCUAAUGCUAAACGUAAAUACAGUAAGAUUGUUAUUCAUGCCGGCGCUAAUGAUGUUCGACUUCGCCAGUCGGAGAUAACUAAAAAUAACUUUAAAGAGGUGUGUGAACUUGCAAGCACGAUGUCAGACACUGUAAUAUGCUCUGGUCCCCUCCCUGCUUACCGUGGUGACGAGAUGCAUAGCAGAUUGUCAUCACUCAAUGGCUGGAUGUCUAAGUGGUGCCCACAGAAUAACAUAGGUUAUAUAGACAAUUGGACGAGCUUUUGGGGCAGACCUGACCUGUUUAAAAGAGAUGGUCUUCAUCCCUCCUGGGGUGGCGCCACUCUUCUGUCUAGAAAUAUGGCAAAUAGUCUUAGUGUUUAUACUUGACUAACUGGGGCCCAGGUCAUGAA